UGCGCCCGACUUCUCUCAUCCGUCCCAGAUCUGGUGCGGCCACCCGCUAUUUAUAGAACGGGAGGGAUAGGGCUGGCGUCGCUCUUCCAUUUUCUGCUUCACCUUUUAGGGCUGGGGUUAGGGUUAGGGUUAGACUUUGGGUUUCGGCGAAUCAUCCCAUGGAGGAGAUCACGGAGGGCGUGAACAAUCUCAGCGUCGCCGAUUCGAACAAGAAGAAUCGGAUCCAGGUUUCCAACACCAAGAAGCCGCUCUUCUUCUACGUCAAUCUCGCCAAGAGGUAUAUGCAACAGCAUAAUGAAGUCGAACUUUCGGCUCUUGGAAUGGCCAUCGCAACUGUCGUGACCAUAGCGGAGAUUCUUAAGAACAAUGGUCUCGCUGUUGAGAAGAAGAUUAUGACAUCCACUGUUGAUGUGAAGGAUGAAUCAAGGGGAAGACCCAUUCAAAAAGCAAAGAUUGAGAUAUUGCUGGGGAAGACAGAGAACUUUGAUGAGUUGAUGGCUGCUGCAGCUGAGGAGAGGGAGGCGGCCGAUGGUGAGGAGCAGAGCUGAAGGAAGGAGCGGACAGUCUUUUUCGUUUUCUGUUUGGCGUGCCGGUUUUGUUUGUUUACCUGGGCAUUAGAUGGUCCAUGAUUAUGCGUUAAAAGCACUGCUUGUUGGUGUGCUUUCCUCUUCAGCUGUGUCGUCUUUAUCGUUGUAGCUGCCCUGUAGUAAAGAGUGUCAUUUUUAGAAAUUGAAUUUAAAGGUCGUUUAUUCUUCCAGUAUGUUAGAUUUACUUUUGGCGGGGAAAUGCACGAGAAUUUUGUUCA